AUGUCUCAAGAAAGUGCAACGGUUCAUGAAAACAGCGAACCAAAUGAAUCAGGCAGCGAAUGUGAGAGCGUAGUGUGCAAACGAAGCCGAAAUGCAAUUUCAGAAGUGUGGACUUAUUUACAGCGAUCCAAGGAUAAAACGCGUGCAAAAUGUUUGUCUUGUGAAAAAGUAUACAAAACCAGCGGCAAUACCUCCAAUUUGUUGGACCAUUUAAAACGCACACAUCCUGAAACGUAUGACUCGCAUUCGGCUCGUAAAAAAGCACUUGACAGUGCACUAAUGAAAAUGAUUGCCAUAGAUUACCAGCCUUUCCGAAUCGUAGAAGACGAGGCUUUUUCCGCUUUCGUCAAGUUACUAGAUCCGCGCUAUGUGAUGCCUAGCAGAACCACGUUGCAGAAUGUAAUGUGCCACGAAUUAUAUGAUCAAUCAAAAGCAAAUCUUAAAAAUAUUCUUAUGAAAGUAAAUACUUGUGCUAUUUCUACGGAUGCAUGGACCUCUCGGGCAAACGAGAGUUACUUAACCGUAACCUGUCACUUCAUUGAAAAUUGUAGCUUAAGAAGCGCAGUAUUGUCUACCUACAAUCUUUUGGAGAGUACUAAUCAUUCGGCUGCCAAUAUUGCCGAGUCCUUGCGAAUUGUACUGACGGAGUGGGGCGUUUUAGAUAAAGUUUCGAAUGUUAUCACCGACAAUGCGUCAUCCAUGAUUAAAGCAUGCGAAUUGUUGCAAAAAACGACAUCUUCCGUGCUUUGCUCACACAUUAAAUUUGGUUGUGCAAGAUGUGUUGUGACCUACUUCAAAAGUAGCUCGAUCGCUUACGCCAAAUUUAAAAAUGCACAAGGAACAGGAAAAGUUUAUAAUUUAUUGCAAGAAUGUCCGACACGCUGGAACAGUGCAUAUCGCAUGAUAAAGCGAAUUUUGCAAACUAAGGAUAUAAUUUCCUCUGUAAUUUUAAGAACCCCAAAAGCACCCCAGACUUUAUCUGCUGACGAAAUAGAGCUACUAGAAGAAUUAGUUGAAUUAUUGGCACCAUUUGAUGACGCGACCAUUCAAGUAUCUGCAAGUAACUCUGUCACAAUUUCGUUAAUCAUUCCUAUCAUAUGUGGUAUCUUUCAAACUCUAAAUGAAACGCACAACAAACUAAAAACAAAUGAAGGGCUUGCCAUAUUCAACAUUUUGAUUAAACGUUUGCAAAUACGGCUUGUCCCCUAUGAAAAUCGAACCACACCCAAAAUGAGUACAUUGCUUGACCCUCGGUUCAAAAAGGAAGGGUUCAGGAACCAUAUCAUUGCGGAACAGGCAGCUUUAGCUUUGGAAAAUGACCUUUGUAACAUGCUUAAAGCUUUGAGUCCCGUGGUUACUGAUUUGCCGACACAUACGGUAACAUCACCAGAAUCGUCAACACAACAGCCGAAAAUUGCACCGCUCUUUAUGUUCUUAAAUGACAAGGUCGCUGGUAAACGUAAAUCCACAAGAGCUGAUGCCAUUAUAAUGCUUCGUCAAUAUUUCGAAAAUCAAAAUUUGCCACAUGAUUUUGAUCCAUUAGAAUAUUGGAAGACAAAUACUGAUAUGAAAGUCUUAACACAAUGUGCUCUACGCUAUUUGUGCACUCCAGCAACGUCAACAGAGCCUGAACGAGUUUUCAGCAAA